AUGGCCGAGGAAUCGGACGCGAGCAAGCUGUACAAGACGGAGCUGUGCCGAUCGUGGGAGGAGACGGGCUCCUGUCGCUACGGCAACAAGUGCCAGUUUGCUCACGGCAAGGAAGAUCUCCGGCCAGUCAAUCGGCAUCCGAAAUACAAGACCGAGGUUUGCAGGACAUUCUCCGCGGCUGGAACCUGUCCCUACGGCAAGCGCUGCCGAUUCAUCCACGCCACGCCUAAGCUGUCCGACGUCAAGCUCCCCCCGCUCGUCGCGCCGGCGAUGAAUCUCACCAAGCUCCUCCUCCACGACAACGCGGCCGCCAUGGCUCCAAGAUCCAGGCUGCCGGUGUUCCGCGAGAUCUGCCUCUGA